AUGUCGCUAAAUCAACUAAGUCCAAUUGCUCAAGCGGAACUUGAAACUAGAACUACCACUCGCCCACCAAAGUUGAAAGGGGCGGAAGACUUUAGCACUUGGAAAACUCGCAUUCAAUCGUUCUUCGAGUACACGGACUACAAUCUGUGGCUCUCUGUUACCGCUGGACCUCACAUUCCAACGGUAGUUCGAGGAGAUGCAGUAGUUGCUAACAAUGAUGCUACUACCUUCACUGAUGAAGACAAGGCUCUCAUUCAACGAAAUGAAGAACUGAUCGAAAGCAAGAGAGAUAUGGUGCAGAAACAAUACGACAUGUUUUGCGGAGUUCGUGGAGAAAGUCUUUCUGAUCACAUUAGUCGCUUCUUGAACAUGAUGACCAAAAUGAAGAAGGCAGGAAAUCCUGUUACAAAUCGUGCUGCAAUAAAGAAGCUGCUUGAUUCACUCCCCAAGGAAUGGAGCCUACAAUGCAUGAUGAUCAAGAAGGAUUUCCUCAACAAUCCUAAUCCUGUCACUCUGUCAGAUCUGAUCAACACCCUAAGAGCCUUUGAAAUGGAUGUUAACAAAAGAGAGAUGAACACUGCUGGAUAUCAACCUAAGUCAACUCAACCUUCAGCUGGAUUGAAGAAUGUGGCAUUUCUCGCUUCAGGGGGCAUCACUCCACAAGCUUCUGACUUAAUUUACGCGAACGCUUCCGCAAGCGCAUCAAAAGCCCCACAACUUGUUGAGAAGACCAUCACUGUUGACACUCAAGCGUUGAAAGUAUCCACUGAAAAUGUGGCACUCUUCAACACAUUUUUGAGCAGCUACGAAGCCCUAAUGUCUGGGGAACUGAAAAAGGAGAUGUUCACUGCUGAAGACAUGUAUCAGAAAUUUCAAGACAAGACAUGCAAGCGUUUGGGUCUUGGAAAAGCUGGCUUUGACAAAUCUAAGCUGAGGUGCUACAACUGCAAGAAUCUAGGACACUUCAAGCGCGAUUGUCCUCUGUUGAAAGAAGGAAACAGUGAAACUACUCCUGCUGUUAAGCAAAUCACAGUUGAAGAGAACAAAAACAAUGCGUCUCCCAGCACGCCAAAAGCUUUAGUCGUUGAAGACUAUGAUUGGGGUGAAGAAAUCACUGAAGCAAAGGAGCAAGUUAACAAAGCCCUGAUGGCCAAGAUUUCAGGUGAAUCAUCUGCCAGGCAGUUCGAGAAGCAGACAGCUGGAAUUCCGACUGGAGACAAUGCUGCUGACAAGGGAUUGAAAAGCAUUCUUACUUCUGUGGAGACUUGUGAUCAAGCAGAAAAGCAUGUUGCUAAAGAAACAUCUGAGAAAGGCAAGGAUAAGGUCCAAGCAGCAGCCAUGAAAGCAGACUCAUCAAAAGAAAAGGCUGACAAGGACUUGGGCCAUGUGCCUACAUUUGAGACCUGUGAUCGUGAACCUUAUGUGUCUGAUUGUCAUGAUUUAAAUUAUGCGUGUUGUGAUGAUAAAGUUGCUUGUGAAUCUCCUGUAUUUGUGCCAGAAUUAAAAAGGAAUAGCUUUGGAAAAUUCCUUACAAAGGAAAUUCCCGAAUUUAUUCCUUCUAGAACAGGUAUGACAGAAUUAGAAAGGAGCGUCACUGAAAACCAAGAUAAUGAAGAUUCAAGCGUCACCACCACAGAAGACGAACAAACAUCAGAAAGUUCAACUGAAGAUCAACCAACUAGUGAUGAAAGCUUCGAGUGUUCAAGUUAUGAAGCAAGUGAAGAACAAAGUUCGAGCGAGGACAACACGUCUGAAAGCUUACUCGAUUCAGACAGUGAUGAAGAACAUCAAGAAGAUGAAAGCAGAAAUAAACUCCAGAAAUGGCUUCGAAUGCUCAUGGAAUACAUCUGGCACGUCGACAGCGGAUGUUCAAGACACAUGACUGGAUUGAAGGAACUGCUGAAAAACUUCCGCUUUAUUGAUGGUGAUUUCGUGUCUUUUGCUGGCGACGAAAAGGGAGGAAAGAUUAUUGGAGUAGGAGAUGUGGUGUCCGAAGCCCUCACGUUAGAGAAUGUCAACUAUGUUCCUGAGCUGUGCUAUAAUCUCAUGGGUGUCUCUCAAGUCUGCGAUAAAGGAAUCUCAGUGCUCUUCAAUGAUAUGGAAUGCUUGUUCCUAAAGCCCGGUUAUGUUGUUCCUGCAGAAAUGAUCAUGCUCACUGCUCCAAGACAGAACAACACAUACGUGCUCAACAUGAAAAAUGCCAAGACAAAUGACAACUUGACAUGCUUAAUCUCCAAAGCUUCAGAAUCGGAGUCACUGCUUUGGCAUAGACGACUGGGCCAUGGAAAGCAGCAUAAGAAACCACACAAGUCCAAAGCAGUGAACACGAUUUCUGCACCACUUCAAUUGUUGCACAUGGAUCUUUUCGGUCCUAUCAGUGUUAAAAGUCUUGCUAAAAGCUCUUAUUGUUUGGUUGUAACAGAUGAUUACUCUCGGUUUUCAUGGGUAUAUUUUCUUGAAGCAAAGAGCGAGACAGCUGAAGUGUUAAAAUCAUUCAUUCCCCUGAUUGAGAACGUGACCAAGCUGAAAAGUCUAUCAGAAGUGACAACGGGUCCGAGUUCAAAAAUCAGACCUUCAUAUCAUUCUGUGCAGAAAAAGGAAUUCAUCUUCAAUAUAGUGCAGCCAGAACUCCCCAACAAAAUGGAGUUGCUGAACGCAAGAAUAGAACGCUGA